UGGAGGCUCAGUGUGUCACCAAGUACAGCUUGGACACUCAAGCUACGUCUGCUCCAUCCAGAGUUCGAAUACCCCUACCUCUGCUCGGUCUGGAGGUCGAACACCCUCUCUCUAUUCGGUCUAGAGAUCGAACACCCUGUCUCUGCUUGAUCUAGAACUCGAGACACCUUUUAUUCGACCUGGAGCUAGGAGACCUCGGCUACCUCUGCUCGACCUGGUGCUCUGUGAUACUCCAGCUUGGCACGGUGUUCGACCUCCAUGUCUAUCCCCUGCUCGGCCUGGCGGGCGUUGUCCUUGUGAGGCGAGCCUCUCUUCUCGCCGGGGAUCCACGGACAAGAUUAUGAUGGGGUGCGGCAGGGCGGCCCCUGCCUGGCUGCAGGUUGUGGGCGGCCUGUGGGCAGUGUGGGCGCUGGUGGCUCCCCGCCCAGUGGGCGGCUACAACCUCUCUCCCGCCCACUCCAGGAGGAUGGACGGUCCGCCAAACUCACAUUUCGGGUUCAGCGUCGCCCUCUGGUCGGACGACGCCAGUGUUAAGAGGGUGGUGGUGGGAGCCCCACGCGGUAGGAACGGCACCUCGGGGCGAGGGCAGGUCACCUUGGGCAACAUCUUCUUCUGCGACGUUGACGGACCCGUUGUCUGUCGACCUGACGCCAGGCUCCCCACCGUCUCCACAGCUGACUUCAGCGAGGCGGCUCUGAACGUCCUCGGGGAUCCGCAGGUGACAGCGGAGCUGGAGGAGAAGAAGGCUGGGUUAGGGAGGCCUAAGAACGUCAUGGGAUUUGGUCAUUCUUUGUCUACACUGAAGCAAGAUGUGUCCCUCCUCGCUGCGUGUGCCCCCCGCUACCCAAGGUAUGAAAGUGCCAGUGUAGAGGUUCGAGGGGCAUGUUUUGUAAGGACAAGUCCGGACUCAGACCCUAAGACUCACCUGCCCUUUCCCCAUCGGACCCCCAUCUUGAACACAAUCCAGAACGCCAUGUUGGGCUUCAGUGCUGCUCUGGACGAUACGGGUAGUUAUGUGGUGAUGGGGGGACCGACCGCUUUCAACGGCGAAGGAAUGGUCUUCUCAAGCUCUAUCAAGGCCAGAGGAGGGCGCCCCGCGAACCGUUUGUCAAGCGGUCUUCAGGAGCCCAAGAAUCUGGACCACACCGACUCCUACGAGGGCUGGGCGCUGGUGCUCGGCAACUUUGACAACGGGAGCCACUCCAUCGCUGUCUCCACCGUCAAUUAUGGCAGUUACAUCGGCAGGGUGAACAUCUACCCGAAGGCGAUGACAGCUAACAUCCGGCCAAUAUACACAGUGUACGGGCAGGAGGUGGGGGCGCACUUCGGCUACUGUCUGGGGUCAGCAGACGUGGACGGGGAUGGCGCCGCAGACCUCCUAGUGGGAGCUCCUCUGUCUGCUGGAGGAGUGGCAGGCUCCCUCCUUCCUGACGCCGGCAAGGUUUAUGUCUAUUACGCUCCCAUGGUCAAGGCCGUGGACAAGCGCCCACCAACACAGUUGACGGGGGUGGAGGCUUGGGGUCGCUUCGGGGCCGCCAUUACUUCCCUGGGCGAUAUUGACCAAGACGAAUAUCAUGACAUUGCAGUAGCAGCGCCUUAUGCAGGUGUGAACGGACAGGGCGCUGUUUAUGUCUUCAACGGCGGAGUGGACGGUCUCCGUCUACCCCACUCACAGGUGAUAGAAGCGUCCAUUUUCUCGGGCAUGAUGCGUGGCUUCGGCUUCAGCUUAGAUGGCGGCCUCGACAUCGAUGACAAUGGCUACCCAGACCUCAUUAUUGGUGCCGUGGAAUCGGACACGGCCUUGCUGAUAAGGUCAGCGCCGGUGAUCAGGUUGGUAGGCAGUGUGACCUUCGCCUCAGAGACGAUAAUGGCCGAGGACAACAGCUGCGAGGUAGAGGCCGCGGGGUACAGGUCCUUCAAGGGCGUCUGCUUCAACCUCGAGGUCGACCUCACCUACGAUACCCACAAGAAGUUCAACGAUCUCAGGAUGCAGUUCAAGAUCGUGCUGAAGGGACCUGAGGACAACUCACUGUUCGGAUUUAAGAUCAACAAUGACCACAGGUAUGCGCCAGUGCGCACUGUCAACUUCAGAGACAAGCGCAGUCCCUGGUCGGUCCAGGCCUUCUACAAGCGAGUGAGGUCCAACAUCGGCCAGAGCCUGAGUGCCUCCGUCACUGUGAGUCUAGUUCCUGCUGCUGACGACGGGAAGGACGAGGUAACGAUAGUUCCCCCGGUGCUAGACGCCGCCAGCGCCACCUUCACCACCAACACUACACUUCUCUGCCACGACAACACCACCUGCUUCGCCCAGCCCGACCUGCAGAUAGUUGCCUACACACGCCCGGUGACGUUGGGGAAGGACUUGGUGGAGGUGGAGGUGGAGCUUACAGUCAAGGACGACCCCGGCUACAAGGUGGAGGUUGAGAUCCGCCAUCCAGAGGGACUCGAGUUCCAGCGGGUGGAGGGGGAAGGGAGGAUCCCCUCCUGCAGUUAUCAUCAACUCGUCAACCAGAUCGCCGACUCCCUCACCUGCAUCUUUGAAUUCAUUGACGCUGAUGAGAUGGAAAGCUUCACUCUGCACUUCGCGUACGACGCGGCGCAGAUGUUGGCGUACUUGACCUCCCGCUCCUCCUCCGCCCUCCAGCUGACCCUCGGCGUCACCAGCGACACCGAGGCGGAAACUAACGCCCACAACAACCACGUCACCGUCAGCGUCCCCGUCGUCCUCAAGGCCAUCCUCUACACCAAGGCGUAUUCUGUCCUGGAGAGCGCUACGGUGGUGGUCAACCAGACGACUUCCAGCCAGGAGCUGCAGAAGGCCAAGAAGGAUCCCGACACCUCCUUUCCGGUCAACAAGCUCGGGCCUCAUCUCCUGCACGAGUUCUCUCUCACCAACCGUGGCCCGAGUCCCGUCUUCGGGGCCAGGCUGGUGUUCCAGCUGCCUCUCUACCACGAUGACCAGCUGCUGACUUACCACAUGGAGCAGCCCACCGUCAUCCCGUCCCAGGUCACCUGCUCCAUCCUUCCCGCCAACCCUUUCCACCUGCAGCCCUCCGUCGCACAGGAGACUGGCGUGUUUAAAACCACAGACUCUGACUCUACCACCGUCGGGCCUGACAACACCACAGUCUUCCCUGUCACCAGCUUCACACCCCAGGACACUCUCACUGACGGGGCUAAUGCCACCGACGGUCGAGAAAUCCGUCGUCGCCAUGUCCUGCCUCAGGAGUAUGACGAGGCGGCUUAUAUGCUCACCAACCAAUCUGUUGUGGCGUCUCCAGCUCCCAACCACACCACACAGCUACGGGACAAGAGAUUGUAUUCGAAGGACGACCAUAUCAAGCCCCUGUUCUGCAACCUGACCAAGUGCAUCCUAACGUGUGAGGUGGGGCUGCUGGAGGCGGAGGCGACUGUGUCUGUGUCUUUCUCCAGUCACCUGAUUACUGCAGCAGUCAGUGAGAUGCCGGUGAGGAGCGUGAGCGUGGCGUCGGAGAUGUUGGUGGAGGUGAAGCAGACCAACACUACAAUUAUCAACCCCAGAGUCACGGCAGUAACUCAGAUCUUCUUACAAAAGCCUCAGAAACCCCAAAGUUUCCGGGAUGUGCCCCUUUGGAUUCUCCUCCUAGCUGUGGCUUUCGCUGUCCUCCUGGUCAUCCUCAUAGUUUUCGGCCUCUCCAAGGCUGGAUUCUUUAAGAGGAAUCGACCUCCGACGGCACCCAAGAGGAAGAGUCUCCUUCAACCUUCAACCCAGGCAGUUACACACUCAGACUACGAGGAUGAUUGAGGAGCCGAAGACCCAUCACUAGGGCAUGGUGGCAUUAUGUACAAAUGUGGACUUAUUAAUUGAAGUCACCUCUUCCACUUCGAGGUGUAUCGAACUGACCUUGGCAUCUUCCUAUUCUUCCAUUCCUUUUUCUUAACUCUAUUUUUUUAAUCUGAAGAAGUUCCUUCUGACAUCUGACUCAUUUGUGUGACCAAAUGAGUCAGAGGACUCAUUUGGACACACAAUUUUUUGCGUGUCAAAUGACACACAAAAAAUUUUGUGUGUCAUUUUCCCUUUAUGUGUCCUCGUUUUACUGGUAUUUUGAGCAUUGCUUCUCACUACUUGGUUAGUUCUCCUUUUAACACUGUUUAUCGUUAUCACGUCUGUCCUACAGAUCCUUUCCUGAGCUGUAGGUGCCUUGGUCAUUCUUCAGAGCUGUCGCUUUAAUGCAGGAAGGAGGCUUGUUAAAUAUCUACAGACCUUCUUCAAUUUGAGUUUGUAUUUAAGAAGAGGUUCCAUGCCGGGUCCAAAUACUCAAGAAUGGGUCUCAUAUGGGGAUGUAUAAAUCGCUUGGAAGGCUUCACUCUCCCAGUUCUUGAAAGUAAUCCGGAUGUUGGCCUAACUGGGAUGUUAUUCGGCUGAUGAGAUCCAAAUAUUUAUAAUUUUCUGGCGUGGGAAGCUGUCUUCCCUUCAUUCUAUGCUGUUUUAUAGGCUUUCCUGCUUAUAUUCCUUUCCUAAUAAGCUUGGAAGUCCAGUAGUAGUUUUUCAGACCAUCUCUGGAAACUGUCUCGUUUAUUUUGUUAUGUAUUGAAAUCCUCCUCAGUUAUGGUUCCUCUUAUAAGUUAACAUUGUUAAAAAACAUUUCCUUAUUUCCUAACUUCUAGGAAAUAAAAAGUUCCUUAUAUCCUCUGUUAAUUUGUGAGUGAAAGAAAGAGAGAGAGAGAGAGAGAGAGAGAGAGAGAGAGAGAGAGAGAGAGAGAGAGAGAGAUUGAGAUUGCGUGGAAGUGUGUUUAUAUCUCUUCAAGUGUAUUCAUAUACAAUAGUCAGUAUGUACGUGCGACAUUUUUUUCGAUUGGGAAACGAUUCGUUGGCCUAAACGAACAACACCCUAUUGCCUUUGUUUUUGUCCCACAAGCACACACACAGACACACACAACAACACAUAAAAUCUGUUGCAAUAGAUGCUUCACUCGUACUUAUAUUAUGAAUAAAUGUGCGUUUUUUUGUUUGUCUAA